UGCAGGGCGGCGCAGAGUCCGGAGGCCGGCGCGCGGAGCGGUCCUCAGCCCGGAUCGCUGCGGCCCAGCCCGCCACCGAGUCGCGCAGACGAGCGCGCGGAGUGGCCGCUCAGGAGGAUCUCUUUACCACUCCCAAGAAACUACUCAAUGCUGAAGCCUUUCAAAGUGGUAGCAGAGACUUUGGAAGCACCAUGGAUGGGUUUUGUGAUCAGCAAGUCCCUUUUAUGGUCCCAGGGAAAUCUAGAUCAGAGGACUGUCGAGGGCGACCUGUGAUUGACAGAAAGAGGAAGUUUGUGGACACAGAUCUGGCUCACGAUUCUGAAGAGCUGUUUCAGGAUCUUAGCCAACUUCAAGAGGCUUGGUUAGCUGAAGCUCAAGUACCUGAUGACGAGCAGUUUGUCCCAGAUUUUCAGUCUGAUAACUUGGUGCUUCAUGCUCCACCUCCCACCAAGAUCAAACGGGAGCUGCACAGCCCCUCCUCAGAGCUGUCCUCCUGUAGCCAUGAGCAGACUCUUGGUGCUAAGUAUGGAGAAAAGUGCCUCUACAACUAUUGUGCCUAUGAUAGGAAGCCUCCCUCUGGGUUCAAGCCAUUGACCCCGCCUGCCGCUCCUUUGUCACCCACCCAUCAGAAUUCCCUAUUUCCCCCACCUCAGGCAACUCUGCCCACCUCAGCUCUCGCCCCUGGAGCCGGCCCAGUUCAAGGGGUGGGUCCUGCCCCAACCCCUCACUCGCUUCCAGAACCUGGAUCACAGCAACAAACAUUUGCGGUCCCCCGGCCACCACAUCAGCCCCUGCAAAUGCCAAAGAUGAUGCCUGAGAGCCAGUAUCCAUCAGAACAGAGAUUUCAGCGACAGCUGUCUGAGCCCGGCCAUCCCUUCCCUCCUCAGGCCGGAGUUCCUGGAGAUAAUCGCCCCAGCUACCACCGGCAGAUGUCCGAGCCCAUUGUCCCCGCAGCUCCUCCACCCCUUCAGGGAUUCAAGCAGGAGUACCAUGACCCACUCUAUGAACAUGGGGUCCCUGGGAUGCCGGGUCCCCCGGCACAUGGGUUCCAGUCACCCAUGGGAAUCAAGCAGGAGCCCCGAGAUUACUGUGCUGACUCAGAAGUGCCUAACUGCCAGUCAUCCUACAUGAGAGGCGGGUAUUUCUCCAGCAACCAUGAAGGAUUCCCAUACGAAAAGGACCCCAGGCUAUUCUUUGAUGACACUUGCGUGGUGCCCGAAAGACUGGAAGGCAAAGUCAAGCAGGAGCCCACCAUGUAUCGAGAGGGGCCCCCUUAUCAGAGGCGAGGCUCUCUGCAGCUGUGGCAGUUCCUCGUCACCCUUCUGGAUGACCCCGCCAACGCCCACUUCAUUGCCUGGACCGGCCGAGGCAUGGAAUUUAAGCUCAUAGAACCGGAAGAGGUUGCUCGUCGUUGGGGUAUUCAGAAGAAUCGGCCAGCCAUGAACUAUGACAAACUCAGCCGCUCUCUCCGCUAUUACUAUGAAAAAGGCAUCAUGCAGAAGGUGGCUGGGGAACGGUACGUCUACAAGUUUGUCUGUGACCCGGAUGCGCUUUUCUCCAUGGCCUUCCCGGACAAUCAGCGCCCGUUCCUGAAGGCGGAGUCGGAAUGCGCCCUCAGUGAGGAGGACACGCUGCCGCUGACUCACUUUGAAGACAACCCUGCUUACCUCCUGGACGUGGACCGCUGCAGCAGCCUGCCCUAUGCUGAAGGCUUCGCUUACUAAGUUUCUGAAUGGCUGCGUAGCCAAACCCUAGAGCUAGCCGUCCUCACGCAGGCCAACAAGGGCAGUGGUUUCGUUUGUGUUCUUGGCUGUUCCUAAAGCUUGCCCUUUGUGAGUAUUAUCAGGAGAACCCAAGCUGUCUCUGGAUUCGACGCCCUUAAAGACAAAUACCUUGACUAGGGAGUGGGAACAGGGAGAGACAGAAAAACCACCAGUUCCUGGGGAGACAUGGAAGUUCUCCUCCUUACCAUCGUGGCCAUUACGAGCAGAGCAGUAGAGCAGCCUUCAGGUUAGCGCCCACGAAAGGGGACCGAGUGUAUGACAAUCUGCGGUGAUCACGGACUACUAAAUGCCUUCACCCAGGAGGCUUUGACUUGCACAAUUCUUUGGAAAGAAACUGCACACCUGUAGGAAAGUCGAUAAGGCUGGGUUAGGGAGGCUCAGACCGUUGCGGCUUGAAAUUGCAAAACUCUUAUAGCUCAAUCUGAAAAUUUUUCCAGGAGAGCUAUUACUCCAUGGUUCUCAGACUCGCUUCUCUUAGGCCUUCCAGCGGUCACCAUAAGUAAAUCAAGUCCCCCUCCUCCCAGGCACACGGCUGAGCGCAGAUGGCUUGUUUUAGAAAGAUGAUAAACAUGACAGUAUUGUUUUGCUUUGAUUUGGGGGGGGAUCAUUUUGCUUUUUGGUGGUUGUUUUGGGUGAAAAACAGUUUAUAUAAACUGAUUUUUGUAGUUUUGGUAUUUAAAGCAAAAAACAAACAAAAAAAAACCCUUUUGGUAAGUGCACUGCAUCCCUUAGAUGGGGCAGCAGCCUGAGGGGCUCCCUGGGGCUACACCCGCACCGCACCCCACCCCACCCCCCACCCCCCCACGCCACUUAGAAGCCUGCUUGGUGCUUUCUGCACCAGACAACCUGUUGAGACAUUUAACCUGAUUUGUACAUUUUUGAAGUGUGCAGGGCAACCUGGACACAGCUUAGAGUUCCGUGUGUAUAGUUCUCCAUGCUCCCUAAGUCCCCUCUGGGAAGCAGAUGUACAUAUUACAUACGUGUCAUGUCCACUUAACAACUGGUCACCUGGAGGGAACCCAGGCAUCUGCUUCAGUUUUUCUUUUAGUUUUGGACUUUCAACCCUGCACAGCGGUUCCCUGGGGUCUGAAACUUACCUGUCCCGUACAGGUAAACUCGUGCUAGCUAGCAUUCUGGCUUCCUGCUACUUUUUUUUUUUUUUAAUUUUUUUAUUCUGAUUGCUGUAUUAUAUUGGGAAUGUUCUAAACAACCAAACUAAAGCUGUGUAAAGAUUGGGUUUGGAGUGGUGGGAGACAGCAGGAAGCGCCAAUGCCUUGCUGCCUGACUCCUUGUUGACAGGAAGUUGUUGUCCUUGACACUCCACACAUUGUGUUCCUCAUGUGGGUACGGGACACAGAGCUGACUGAGCGUGGGACAUUCUCUGCUGUCCCACGAGUGAGGCACUCCGCAGCCUUCUCAUGACUUGCAACAAGAGGUUCACAGGGGUGAGGGGUGUGUUUUAGAGCUAUGAGAACCUGAGGUUUUCUUCUCAAAGCUAGUCAUCCCACAGAGGCGGCAAACCCGAAGCUUGGGCCUUAAUUAGCAUUGUACUCUGAUGAGAGGACUUUUUCAUAAGCAUAUUUAUAGCUUUCUAAUCUAUACACAAUCUAUACAUAGAUGCGUAUUUUACCCCAGCUGGCUAGAGAUUUAUUUGUUGUAAAUGCUGUAUAGAUUUUUGGGGUUCUCUUUUGUUUUUCCUCUUUACUUAUACUGGUUUGGGGUUUGUUUUAGUUUUCUUUAAUGAAUUUAUGCUGUUUUGAGGGGGGCGUUGAGAAGAAUCUUCUGUAGCCUGAGCUGCCCCUCCCCUGUUUUGACGGCCCAGGCCGGACAGUAGCGCCACUUUGCAUUUCCACGGACUGCCCGCAGAGCGUCCCCUUCACGCCAGGGGGGCUUCUUUCCUGCAUUUGCUUCUUUCCCAGCGUGGAGCAGUCCACAGUGCAGAAAGGCUUUAGCCUACCGGUUGAUUUGACGUCCUUCCCCCUGCACCGGGCUGUGUACACCCUGCCGAGCUGCGUUAUAUUCUGUACUGUGUACAAUAAAGAAGAUUGCUUUCCUUUA